AUGGCAACUCCAUCUAUCACAAUUGCGGUUUGGGUAGCAGGACUGGUAGCAUCUAUAGGAGUAGCGGUCCUUGGAGUUUUUUGUUUUCUCAGCGUACUUCAACUGGCAAUGCUAAGUUCUAAAGAAAAAGUCAUGUUGAAGUACAGUGUAGUCGUUAUAUCAAAAGUCGGAAUAGGCCUACUAGCAGCGUUGUUGGCGAUUGCAGCAGCGGGUCUCUUCGCCUUGCAGAUCGACGACAGGGAAAACAAUGGCUACGAAAUAACCCGAGGGCCUGCAUUUUAUAUUCAGAUCCUCCUAAUAAUUUUAAACUCAACGUUAUUCGUCAUGUCGCUAUAUGACAUGUUCUUCGCUAGGAGGGAAGGGGGAGAUCCCACCACUGUAUCAGUACAAGCUGAACCUACCACCUACGGUAACCCAGGAUUUAGGGAUCAAAGGUCAAAUGGUGCUGGCAUUUCGAUGACAGAUGCCAGUGGAAAACCCUACGUCUCGAACGGCAGUAUGGCUUCCAUGAACACCACUUCCACUACGGUGGGAUCUACCAACGGGUCCACGGUAGGAUCGUCCAUAACCAGGUCGCCACUGCGAUCCAGUCUGAAGAAGCCGAAGCCCAAGGAGGGACUGGGAAUUCAGAAUCCUGGAUUUUCAGGAACGUCACCCACCAUGUCGCGAAACGGUAGUGUCAAGAAAGUGAGAAUACAGACUCAUAGUACGGAAGUAUAACACAAGUUGGACAUGAUUGUGUGAAAGGGGGGGUAUAGAUAUAAGGUUUUUUUCUAUAUUUUGAGCAAAAGAAGUUACUUUGUCAAUUAUUUUAACGUUAGUCAUUGAGAGAAAGUCAGGCAAUUGAUGUUUUGGGACUUGGCAAUCAGCUUUUGUAUGAAGAAUGCAAGAGAAAUUUUUUUAUAUGAAUGUUCAAUAUUCAGUAAUAGAUUCUUAAAUAAUACUUCACAAAGAUGAUAUUUAUAUGUAAAUAUUUAAAAUUUCAUCUUUUGUUUAUUUUCUCAUUAAAUUAUAUCAAAAAUUGUUAUUACUACAGAAUAAAAUUCUCAAUACUAAAAAACUUUUUCGAUAAUUAGCGUACCACAUGUAACUCUUAUUUUAGAUUUAAGAAGUGUAUGAAUUUUCAAGAACGUCAGAAUUUUGUACGAGAUAAAAAUUGAACAUGCUAUAAAUUUCUAUAUACAUAUUUAAAUAAAACUUUCUCACGAUUACAAUGGUACAAGGUUUGAUGCAUCUAGAUCUUAUAAACCGAAAAUACAAACGAAAGAAUGUGGGUAAAUGUUAUAUAUGCUAGCAGAAUACUUAGUUGCCUAGAAAUUAACAUCGAUCUCUAAUAGAUUGACUCUUCCGACCAUAUCUUCUAAUUAUUAGAGAUAGAGCUCUCAAAAAACUUAUGUACUUGAAAUCGUAACAGUGUUUUAUCUAAAAAUGUAAAUAAUGUACAAAAUACAUUUAAAAAAAUCUGUUUAUUUUAAUAGAUUUGUUUGAUAUCAUACUAAUUUUUUCAGAAGUAGUAUCAGUUUGUGAGGUGCAACUUAUAGAGAAACACAGUGUUUAUUCUGUUUUCUAUUAAAAUUUGCUCGUUUGUAAACAUUAAAAUUUUAUUUUGUAAUAGUCUUAUUGUUUGCUUUAUACACAUUUCAAAGUACGUAACUAAAACAGUUAGUUAAUAGCAAAAUUAAAAACACUAUUGUAAAAAAAAUAAUUUUUAUCAGCCUCCAUAAACACAUACUUCCAAUGUCAUGUAAGCUACAUUACAAUUUAAAAAAAAAUAUAUUCCGUAGGUAUUACAGUAAAAAUAAAGAAAUUCCUUUAUAAAAUAAUAUUGUGACAAGGCGUAUUUUAUUUUGUUAAUUCUUUUUGUUUUUAUAGUUAUUUUCUUACAUGAACUGCUUUCCCUUUCUAAAUUUCUUUUAAAAAUAUUGGAAAUUGAAGGUUUCGCAAAUAUACAGGGAAUUCUAAAGAAAUUAAGUCAAUUAAACACAGAAUGUUUGAGUGAAAAUAGCAAGACUUCUUAUGUUAUUUUAUUUUUCAUUUAAGCGCCAUUUUUCAAACUAUCAAAAUAACAUAAUAAAGCGUUAUUUUAUUAUAUUAAGUUGAAAUUUUGCACAUAAAACAAAAUUGGAGACUUGAAUGGAGAAAAAGGAUAUUUUUUUUUAAAUCAGAUUUCUUGAUUUCACUUUCUUCACACGAUAUUGAUAGAUUAGAAUUUAUAACCUUAAAGAUUAAUUAUUUAAAGUUCUCAAAUUUAAAUUUACCUAAAAGUUUGCCAAAAUUAAACCAAUGUAUUUAAAAUACACAUUCUAAUAAACAAGCUAAGCCUUAAGCGUAGUUUAGAAAAAAAAGAAUAUAUAACGUACGCAAAGAAGUUAGAAACCCUAAAUCAAAAUUUUGUAACAAUCAAAACAAGAA